AACAUUCUCCGCAAUCCAAAGCGAAAAACCAACUGAAAUACACCAAACCCAAAAUCUCAUAAUAUCUACAAAUAGAACUCACUCAGCUAACCUAAGAGGAGGAGGAUGGAUUUCAGGCUAAUGGGUAUCGACACUCCACUGUUCCACACUAUCCACCACCUCAUGGACACAGCCGGUGACGAUUCCGACAAGUCCGUCAACGCCCCAUCGAGGAACUAUGUACGUGACGCUAAGGCCAUGGCUGCAACACCAGCCGACGUGAAAGAGUAUCCCAAUUCCUACGUUUUCGUUGUGGACAUGCCAGGGUUGAAGUCUGGAGAUAUUAAUGUGCAAGUGGAAGACGACAAUGUGCUGCUGAUAAGUGGAGAAAGAAAGAGGGAAGAAGAGAAAGAAGGGGCUAAGUAUAUCAGAAUGGAGAGAAGGGUUGGAAAAUUCAUGAGGAAGUUUACGCUGUUGGAAAAUGCGAAUACUGAUGCGAUCUCUGCUGUUUGUCAAGAUGGAGUUUUGACUGUGACUGUCCAGAAGUUGCCUCCUCCUGAGCCUAAGAAACCCAAAACUAUCGAGGUUAAAAUUGCAUAAGAUUUUGUUACUCUGUUUUGUGAUUAUAAAAAUGCUCUGUUUUGAUGCUUGGUGGUAUGACAGUAAUAAAGAUGGUAGAGAUCUAAGAGUGGUUUUUCUUUCCCUUUGUCUUCUUUAUAUUUUCUAUUUCUAUGUUUUAUGGAAUAUGAUGAAACUAAAUGUGUAGGUGUUCUAUCUCUUGUUUAAAAUGCAAGUGAAAUGCUACUAGUGUCCAGUUUUUUUUUUUCUUCGAUUGCCAUCAAUAUAUAGAGUGCAAUUUCUUACAA